CUUUUUUUAAGCAUCAGUUGUGCGGAAGAUUCAAAAUGCUUUCCACAGAUUUAUAAGAAAAUUGAUGGAAAAUAUGGUUGGAAAAUGACCUUCUACACUACUAGGAACAUCGCAUCUUCAGCGCUUCCUCGUCGAGAUGACAUUGAGGAGGUCAUGCGUGAUUGGGAAAACAGGUAUUCUACGUAUAUCACAACGUCAAUAUUCAUUACGACAUUCAAUGUUAACGGCCGAAUGCCAGCACUUGAAGAUUUGUCGAAUUGGUUAACAUGCGGCGGAGUAUCUGCGCCAGAUUUUUACGUUAUUGGAUUACAAGAAAUGGAUCUUUCACCCCAGGCUUUCCUCAUGAAUACUUCAGCACGUCAUUCUGGAUGGCAGAUUAUCAUCCAGAAGUCUCUUCCUACUUCCACCGGCUACAUUCUGAUCCAAGAAGUACGUUUGGUUGGCAUUCUGCUGGUGAUUUAUCGUCGCAUUGAUUGUAAAGUUCGAGUUGAAGAUGCAGCAGUUGAUGUUGAAGUUGUACCGACUGGUUUCCCAUUAUUGGGUCGUAUGGGUAAUAAGGGCGGUGUGGCAGUCAGUUUACAGAUCAACGAUAGCUAUCUUUGUUUCGUGAAUUCUCAUUUUGCUGCUGGACAGGAAGAAUUGGAAAAACGAAAUCAGGAUUACAGGGAAAUAUCACAGAUUCGCUUUCCGAAAAGUAACAAAAGUCUGUUUGAUCACGAUGUCAUAUUCUGGUUUGGUGAUAUGAAUUUUCGUCUGGAAACUAAUAAUGAUUUGAGUACUGAUGAUUUUCGACGUCUUUGCGCUGACGAGAAUGCAUUUAGAGAUAUGAUAGUGUUUGAUCAGCUAAAGAAUCAGAAAAAGCUUAACCAUAUAUUCGUUGAUUUUAAAGAACCAGACGUUUUAAAUUUUCGCCCCACAUAUAAAUAUGACCCGGGAACAACAAGAUGGGAUACCAGUGAGAAAUGUCGUUGUCCAGCUUGGUGUGAUCGAAUUUUAUGGUGGAAUCGUGAUGGAGUGAAUGUCAGGCAGCAGUUUUAUGAAAGUGUGGAAUCGGUGGUGUUUUCAGACCACAAACCAGUGCGGUCCAUAUUUCAUGUGGAAAUACGAAAUAUCGAUGAAGCUAAACGGGAUGCUUGCUUGGAAGAAGCUAUACGGGAAGCAGAUCGGCGUGCAAAUGAAGCACUUCCGCAGAUUGAAUUAUCGCAAAGCGAAGUGGAUUUCGGUAAAGUGUACUUUUUCCAAAGUGCAUCCAAGAUACUGACAAUUAAAAAUACGGGUAAAACGAAAAUUUCAUUUUCGUUUGGCGCGAGACCAAACCGUGCUGCACUUUGUGAACCUUGGCUCUCUGUUACGCCACCCAAUUCGAGACUUCAACCGGGUGCCUGCUGUACCAUUAGUUUGCAGAUUUUGAUUGAUAAAGCAGUAGCAUGGACGAUGAGUGAAGAUGGGAAGCUGUCGGAAAUUCUGGUACUUCGAUUGCACCACGGAAGGCAUUAUUUUGUCACUGUUUCGGCUCAGUAUCAACAUAGUGCUUUUGGUUCAUCGUUUAUUCAGCUCAUUCGUAAGGAAAAAAAGGAAACAUCUGCAUCCGAACUUGUUAAUUUGACCUUCAGUUCUACAUCACUCGUAUCGGCUGUUAUGGCUGGUGUACCGGAAUCUGUUUUUAGGAUCAGUGAAACAUUAAAGCAAAAUGGUUUAGAAAAAAUUUCUUUUAAUGGUCCUUCCGCACAUAGUGAAUUCAUAGCAUUACGAAAUGCUUUAGAUACUGGGAAACCGACAAAUCUGUUUGAAAAUUGCAAAUCACCUUUCAGUAUGUACGAUACUUUGCUAACGCUUAUUACUUCCUUUAAAGAAUCUAUAAUACCUCUAGCUUUACAAACUGAGUGUUUGCGGGCAGCCGGUGAUAUCAACAGUUGUUGGUCAUGUAUCGAAAAGUUCCCUGUCGAGAAUCGCAACAUGUUUAUUUAUUUUAUUGGCUUUGUUACAGAGUUAAUGGAACGGAAUAGCACUGCUAAUACUCAAAUACAAUUGCUAGCGGAUGUCAUAUUCAAACAACCAGCUGGUGAUGACGGUUAUUUACAACGUUUGAAAUUUCUGGAAACAUUUGUGUCAGAAAAUCGAGAAGGUAGUAGGAGUACUCAGUCACUCCCAACACAUUGCCAGCACGAUGCUGAUCUCAUUGUUUUGUGACAUUCUUUUCGGAUUACUGCCAACUCUUUCUAUUAGUUUGGUUAACGGGGUUAUAUUCUCCGCUGUGAUUGGAUUCUGUAAUGUUUGCCAAACUAACUUGUACUUUUAAUUUAGAUUUUCAUUCAUUUAGACUUCUUAUUGUUAGUUCGCUAUAAAAUAAUCAACUUACUUUCACUAAACUACUCUGAUUUAAAAAUGUAUUGCUUCUUAC